CAGGAUUUAGUUCUUCACUUCCUACAUUUGGCCUUCCUGCCCGCACAACAAAGUCAGGUCACAGCCUUCGUGCUUUCCACAGCUCUGACAGCCUCAGAGGCUGUGUGUUUGUCCAAGAAUAGACAUGCAAUAUGAAAAUUUUCAGGACUUCGGGAGUGAGAAGAAAAAUCCAGAGAUUAGAAAAGCCCUACCUCUCCAGAGUGUACUCAGGAAUUUCUGCCGUGGGCCCUACGUGAUCCUGAUCUCCCUGGGCCUCAGUCUCCUGCUGCUGGUAGUCAUCUGUGUGAUUGGACACCGAGGUUCUAACUUACGGAAAGAUUUGGCCACCUUGAGGACAAAUUUCAGCAACUUCUUCUCAGAUAACGAGGCUAACAUCCAGCAACUGACUUCCAGCUGUGGUGCACUGCAAAAAACCAUAAAUUCUCUCAAAGCAGAGGUGGAGGAUCACAGGGAGGAACUGCAGGCAGGCCGUAUCUUGAACCAGAAGGUGGCUUCUCUGGAGAGCGUUCUGCAGGAAAAGGAGCAGGAAUUCAAAGAAGGUCAGUCUCAAAUGCGCACACAAAUCCAGGAGCUGGUAAAAGACCUGCGGUCCCUGUCUUGUGAGCUGGUUGAGCUCAAGAGCAAUGGCUCUGGGACCUGCUGCCCCCUUAAUUGGAUGGAGCAUGAAGGCAGCUGCUACUGGUUUUCUCAAUCAGGGAAGUCCUGGGAUGAGGCUAACAAGUCCUGCCAGAUGGAGAAUGCCCACCUGGUGAUAGUGAACUCCUUGGAGGAGCAGAAAUUUAUCCAGAGCAACAUGAGACGUAUACACACCUGGAUGGGCCUAACUGACCUAAGUGGGUCCUGGAAAUGGGUGGAUGGGUCUGACGUCGACAAAGGUUUUAAGAACUGGAGUCCAGAGCAGCCAGAUGACUGGUAUGGCCAUGGGCUGGGAGGAGGUGAGGACUGUGCCCACUUCACCGGAGAUGGGAGCUGGAAUGAUGAUGUCUGCAGGAGGCUCCACCACUGGAUUUGUGAGACAGAGCUCAGCAAAGCCAGCUAGAGCCUUCACGGCCGUAAUUUAUUUCCUCAAUGCCUUGAAAUGCUAAGAUCAAGUAUUAAGAAUCCUCCUUUCUAGAGGCCUUCACUUUCUUGGGGAUUUUCAUCUAGCAUUUUAAGGGGAGAGAAAAUGAUGGUGACUAAGGAAUGUACUGUGAAAUUUAUAGGGGUGGGGAGAAUGAAAUCUAUGACAUUUUGUACAGUGUGCAGCUUAUUGUCAGCUUUUUCUUUUUAAAGUAAAAAGAAUAGAAAUAUAGUCAAAUAUCUUA